CGCCGCUCGUCCGCGAUGCUGUCCCGGUCCCGCUGCGUGUCUCGAGCGCUCAGCCGUUCGCUCGCCGCCUUCCAGAAGGGGAACUGCCCUCUAGGGAGACGUUCUCUGCCUGGGGUCUCCUUAUGUCAGGGAGCAGGUUACCCUGACAGCAGGAAGAUUGUCUUUCCCAGCAGUGAUGGCUUCAGUGUCCGCUUCUUCAGAACCACAGCUGCGUGCCGGGAUGGCGUGAUCACAGUGAAGACUCCCGCAUUUGCAGAGUCUGUCACAGAGGGGGAUGUCAGGUGGGAGAAAGCUGUUGGAGACGCCGUGGCGGAAGAUGAAGUGGUUUGUGAGAUUGAAACUGACAAGACUUCUGUGCAAGUCCCGUCUCCAGCGCAUGGCGUGAUCGAGGCUCUCUUGGUACCGGAUGGGGGCAAAGUAGAAGGAGGCACUCCACUUUUCACGCUGAGGAAAACUGGUGCUGCUCCCGCAAAGGCUAAGCCAGCUGAGGCUCCUGCUGCUGCCGCCCCAAAAGCAGAGCCGGUGGCAUCAGCCCUUCCUCCUCCCGCUGCACCACCCCUCCCCACGCAGAUGCCCCCGGUGCCCUCGGCCGCACAGCCUCCUGUGAGCAAACCGGUCUCUGCAGUCAGACCCUCUGCUGCUCCCCCUGGAGCUGAGCUAGGCGUUGGCAAAGGUCUGCGUUCAGAGCACCGGGAGAAAAUGAACCGGAUGCGGCAGCGUAUUGCUCAGCGUCUGAAGGAGGCCCAGAACACGUGUGCCAUGCUGACGACGUUCAAUGAGGUGGACAUGAGUAACAUCCAGGAGAUGAGGGCCCGGCACAAAGACGCCUUUCUGAAGAAACACAGCCUCAAGCUCGGCUUCAUGUCGGCCUUCGUGAAGGCCACAGCCUUCGCCUUGCAGGAGCAGCCUGUCGUGAAUGCAGUGAUUGAUGAUUCAACCAAAGAGGUGGUGUAUAGGGACUAUAUUGACAUCAGUGUCGCAGUGGCCACCCCGCGGGGUCUGGUGGUUCCCGUCAUCAGGAAUGUGGAAGCUAUGAAUUACGCAGACAUCGAGCGAACCAUCUCUGAGCUAGGCGAGAAGGCCCGGAAGAAUGAGCUUGCCAUCGAGGACAUGGAUGGCGGCACCUUCACCAUCAGCAACGGCGGGGUUUUCGGCUCGCUCUUUGGGACGCCCAUUAUCAACCCCCCGCAGUCUGCCAUCCUGGGCAUGCAUGGCAUCUUUGAUCGGCCAGUGGCUGUGGGGGGCAAGGUGGAGGUGCGGCCCAUGAUGUAUGUGGCACUGACGUACGACCACCGGCUGAUCGACGGCAGAGAGGCAGUGACUUUCCUCCGCAAAAUCAAGGCGGCUGUGGAGGACCCCCGAGUCCUCCUCCUGGACCUCUAGGAAGGAGCCCCGCCCCUCCAACUCGACCACGCAGGAACUGAAACCAGUCUUCCCCUGCCCCUUCACGACGGGUCCUGGGUGGGCCUGUUGGCCUCACGCAAGGGUGCCGGGGCAAUAUAAGCCGCAACCCCAGGUCUUUGAGUGCCCUGCCAGGCGCUCUCCCUCUCUGCUCCCUGCCCGGACUCAUCCCUGCUCCCUAGGCCUGAGGGAGAGGGUCUCACAGGAUGUCCGCCCCUCCCCCGCCCCCAUGCCUGCAUAGUGUAGGAAAGCCUCCGGACUGGUUGGUGUCCAGCCCAAGUCCACCCUCUGGAGCCAUGCUGAGGCGGCUGCUGGCUGCCGACCUUCGAGCAGCCUCCGCCCUGGCUGUGCACGCCCUGCAGGAGUGCACCCAUGGGGGCUUCACGCAGCAUGAGGGGCUGGUGUGCUGCUUACACAACACCUCCAUCCUCAGCUUUCAUUGACUUAGAGAUGCCUCUUCUACCUCUGCUGGGCAGGGCGGGCCAGGCAGGUGUGGCAAGCAGACCGCAGGGCAGCGUGGCCCGAACCUUCCCUCAGUCCAUCACAGCCUUCUGCCGGGAAGACCCAUUUUGGCACUACAGGCAGCUGUGUGAGGUGCCCGCCCUCACCAUGCCCUCUGCCUGCAGGGAGCCGUUGUAGCUCUCUUCUCAUGCCAUGCAGCUUCCAGCUCGCUGAAUGCCGGUGCAUCGCACAGUGAGGGCUGGCGCCCGGAAGGGACUGGCCAGUUCAGACCUGAGCUCUGAGAUGAGGCUGUGGGAGCGCCCUGGGGAUCUGGGCAGGAGGGCCAUGUGACGGACACUGGAGUGCAUGGAGACUGGCCCCGAGGUGUGCGAUGUGGUUGUCUGAGGACAGGGAUUCCGGG